AAAAACAGCUUAAAGCUACACUUUCCACCCCCAAACUGCCGGAAAAUCCAAAUGGAAAUGCCUCAAAUAGUCGAGAAUCGGGAGAAACUAGCAGUGCGUCAGAAGCCGUAGUCGCGCGCUCAUCGUUUCAGCCACACACCCCCAAGGAACCCAAAAUUCUCAAAAGCUAAAAAGGAAGAGCAGAAAAGAGCAAGGGAGCUGGGCCAGCUGGCACAGAAAGCGGAACAAGCAACCGAUUGAUUUUUCUCGAGCAAGGGAAACACGGAAAGUCCGAGAAAAACAAGAGGUCAGGUUUCCACUAGCAUUUCCAUAUGGAAAUGAAAAUGGCGGAGGCGCAGGAAGCCCAGGGGCCGAAGGACUCCUCCCUUACCGCCGAAGGACAGCUGCCAGCUGGAUCUGUUUCCAUCGAGGACGAGGAGGAAGAGGAAGUGGAGGCCGAACAAGAACAGCAGGAACUUCUGAGCGAGCGAUGGUCGCCGCUAGGAGCCAACUACGAUGAUGCGAAUAGCGCCAGUUCUGGCGUGGACUGCGAACUGGAACCGGGACCGAACAAGGUAGAAAUGCGACGGGGCAGCACUGGCAGUGAACUGGCACGCUUGCGAAGUAUCGAGGAGGAGCAGGAGUUGCUCACCAGUUCCCUGCUGGCGCUGACUUCCCACUUCGCCCACGUCCAGCUGAGAGUUCGCCAAAUUGUCGAGGCGCCAGCCGAGGAGCGAGAUCAACUGCUCCGCGACCUCGAGGAUUUUGCCUUUCAAGGCAUACCGGAGGCAGUGCAGCCCAAGGAGUCCCAUCCGGAAAGCGACGCCACUGAGAGUGAAAACGAAGCUGUGCCUGCGAACGACAGCCAGCUCAUCGAGCAACUGAAGUCCCAGCUCACAGAACUAGAACAAAUUGCCUACGAGGCUGGGGAGCCCGGGAUUCUGCCGCAGCAUGUUAUGCUUGAAAAGCAAAAGUUCAUCCUGGACGAGCUGCGAUCCAAGCUCAAUCUCCAGGUGGAACAGCAUGAGCUGCCGGCCCUCAGCACGGAGCAGUUGCGCCACCAGGUGGACAACGCCAUCGGUGAGUUCGUGGGCCCGCUGAAAAUGAAGGAGCAACUUGUGGCGCAACUCAAGACGCAGAUCACCGACCUGGAGCGCUUCAUUGCCUUUCUGCAGUGCGACGCGGUCGAGGGAUCUGUUGGAGAUCGCCUAAAGCUUCUGUCCGGAGCGUACAAUAGCUACGCGGCCAAGCAGACAGCCCGAAGCUCACAGGCAGGGUCAAUUGCUCCGGUUUCGGGGGUGCCCAACACUCCGGCCACAACAGCAGCUCCUCCUCAGUCCUUUGGAUUGGGUUCGCACUCCAAUUCAACCGGGGAAAGCCUGCACAGCAAGGCGCACGGAUUGCUGGACAAAGCCUCGAUCCUUAUGCAAAUGUUUGCCAGCACCCAUAUGACGAAACCACGCAGCCACGACGAUUUCCAGCAAAACUCGCUGAAGAAGACGCACAAGGGCAACCACUGGGGCGACUUGCGGGCCCAGCUUGAGGUGGACAUCCAAGAGGUGAGCGCCCUGGCCGCCACUUUGAGCUGUGAUCGCGAGAAGUUGGCCAAUAUUAAGCGGGCUUUGCGUCAGCAGCAACAACGAGCUGUGCCCACUUCCACUUCUUCCUCUACCGCUGGUCAUCCGGUUAUUAAUUCUCAAAAUGGCGCUCUGACCACUUUGCCUCCACGCUGCCGGCGGGCGGUGCCAACUGGCCAUGAACUGGCGCCAUACGCGGCCGGUGGAGCCAUAUCCUCCGAUUCCGACGAGGACAUCAGCUACUCCAACUUCGAGUGGGAGAAGGAAGGGAAGAGCCGACGGGUGGCACACAUGCGCGGUGACUCCAUAGCAACAAUUGGCAGAGAACUGGCCACAGUGGUGCGAAAGAACUUUGCUCGCACUCUGCAGCAGCUUAUCCAACAUGGACUACGCAUCCCAGCCGAGUCGGCUGCUUCCAGUUUGAUAGUUCCAUUUAUGAGGUGUCUACAUCCUUCGCCUCCGAUGGGUUCACCGACAGCUGGCGCAGACUCGCAGUAUCUCGGCUUAGGCAGAUCCAUGCACGCCUGGGAAUUGGUACUAGCCUAUUAUAGGUUGAAACACGGUGAGGAGUACAACAACACGCCUGCCCGCAAGUUGUCGCAGAGUUUUCAGUUGGACAUCGUGGACGCCCAGGCGGUGACCGCCAAACAGAGUUUGCUCAGCACUGUGGGUAUGAUUUUGGCCAUGCACCGACCGUACAAAAGGAGCAACAAUGCCCACUUCAAGGCCUUCGUCUGCGCCGGACUCAACUCCCAUUUGCUGGUGGAGUGGCUGAACCUGAUUCUUAGCUGCAAUGAGCUGGUGCACACGUACUACUCGGCAGACAGCUAUGUGGCCCGAACGGGAUUCCGGGACUCGCUCCGCUCCAUUGACGCUCUGUCUCGAUUCGACUUUGACCUGCCGGUGGACCUUGCCAUCCGGCACUUCCGCAACAUCUAGGCG